CUGUGCCCCAAUCUCGGAGGGCUGCGCGGGAGUGGAAGGCUGGACUCGGGAUGAUGGGCGCCGGGACCCGCGUGUCCGCCUCCUGGCCGGGCCCUACCCUCAGCUUGACCAGCCUGCUGCUGCUGCUGGGGCUGGGCCCGGGAAGCGGGGAGUCCUGGGUUCAAGGAGCUCCCCAGGUGGACUUCCAGGAACGAUACUUUGAACAGAUUUUGGAUCAUUUCAACUUUGAGAGCUACGGCAACCACACGUAUCUCCAGCGGUUCCUGGUCACAGAGAAGUUCUGGAAGAAGGGAACAGGACCGAUGUUUUUUUAUACGGGAAAUGAAGCUGAUGUCUGGGACUUUGCCAAUAACUGCAAUUUCAUUCUGGAGCUAGCAUCGGUUGAGGAGGCCCUGGUCAUUUUUGCUGAACAUCGUUACUAUGGAAAGUCUCUCCCAUUUGGGGUCCAGUCCACCAAGAAGGGAAAUACUGCCCUGCUUACAGUGGAGCAGGCCUUGGCUGACUUUGCUGUACUGAUCCAGGCCCUGCAAAAGGAAUACAAGGCUGAAAAUGUGUCUGUCAUCACCUUUGGAGGGAGUUAUGGAGGGAUGCUCAGUGCCUACAUGAGGAUGAAGUACCCCAACCUCGUGGCUGGAGCCCUGGCUGCCAGUGCCCCUGUGCUGUCCAUCGCUGGCAUUGGAGAUCCCCGCCAGUUUUUCAGAGAUGUCACUACUGACUUUGAGAACCACAGCCCUGAGUGUGUCCAGGGAGUUCGAGAAGCCUUCAGACUAAUCAGAGACCUCUACCUACAAAGAGCCUUUGACAGAAUCAGCCAGGAAAUGGGCACUUGCACGCAGCCUUCAAGUGACUCAGCCAUCACCCAGCUGUUUGAGUUUGCCCGAAAUGCCUUCACCAUGAUCACAAUGAUGGACUACCCCUACCCCACUGAUUUCAUGGGCCAUUUCCCAGCCAAUCCUGUCAAGGUGGGAUGCGACCGGCUACUUAGUGCAGAGAAUCGGAUCCAGGGGCUCAGGGAACUGGCUGGAUUGCUCUACAAUGCUUCUGGGACAGAGCCGUGUUAUGAUAUCUACAAACUUUACCAAAAGUGUGCUGACCCCACAGGCUGUGGCACAGGCCCCAGUGCAGAGGCCUGGGAUUAUCAGGCCUGCACUGAGAUCAACCUCACCUUUGACAGUAAUAAUGUAACUGACAUGUUUCCCGAGAUCCCAUUCACCAGUGACCUCCGAGAGAAGUAUUGUUUUGCUAGGUGGGGCGUCAGGCCCCGGAAAAGCUGGAUGCAGACCAACUUCUGGGGGAAUAAUCUCAAAGCUGCAAGCAACAUCAUAUUUUCAAAUGGAGACCUGGAUCCCUGGGCAGGGGGUGGGAUAAGGAGUAAUCUGAGUUCGUCCUUGAUCUCUCUCACCAUCCGAGGCGGAGCUCAUCAUCUAGAUCUCAGAGGGUCCAAUCCAGCAGACCCCACAUCUGUCAUAGAGGUCCGGAAGCUAGAAGCUGCAUAUAUCCAUGAAUGGGUGAAAGCAGGAAGACAUGAACAGUAACGUGACUUCCAAAACUUGGGACCAGCCUUCAUCAUACUGUGUGGGACUCUACCUUCAGUGCCAGCCAAGGACAAUUUCUAAAGCCAGACCCAAAGUAGAGGCUUUGGAUGUCUAUUCAAACUCAGGAUUAAACUUUCAAAGUCCUGUGACUAUGUCAGACGAACUCCUGCUUGAUAGACUGUGGCAUCUGGGCUGUGAAGAAGUAUCUGUACACAGGGUUGCCUCCUAGCUGGGCUUAACAAAACGUCCCUUUCCGGGUGCUCCCAUACAGCCAGAGUUUUCCAUUUUAGGGAAUUUGGGGGAGGAGAGGUAGCAAUGUAAGUAGGACUUUCCCUUUUUUGCACCCUCUCAAAAGCAAAAAAACAAAAACCUGAACCCUUUACCUUUACUAGUUAUUCUGGGUCUCUAAAAAUAGAUGAAGUUAGCCAUGGGUGUCCUCUGCCACACACACACACCCCCAAUUAUAACUGAAGUUAGGUUCUCUUCCCCCACCUCUGAGUAACAAAUAGCACCACACUGCUACAGAAGACUAAGCAUUAGAGUCAGUCAGUCAGGACUCAGGAAAAACUUUCCUUAAGGCUGAUGGGGAAGAGGAGUCAUGCCACAUUGUCUCUGUAAUGAAGAGUAAUAAAAUUGUGCUCACCCCAAUGAGAACUGAAA